AUGGCUCAGACUCUGUCAAAGAAAGAUCGACUUAGUAGAUGGUAUUUUGGAGGUCUUGCAUCUGCAGGUGCUGCAUGUUGCACGCAUCCUCUUGAUCUUCUCAAAGUACACCUUCAAACACAACAGCAGGGUAAAGUAACAAUCGGUCAAAUGAUUGUCAAAAUAUAUCGCGGUGAUGGUGUGAGAGGUUUUUACAACGGUAUCUCUGCAUCGCUUUUAAGACAAUUGACUUAUUCAACAACACGUUUUGGUAUGUACGAAACGAUUAAAAAGCAGUUUCCUGGAGAUUCGACGACGAUUCCCUUCUAUCAGAAAGCAUUCUUUGCUGGAAUCAGUGGUGCUUGUGGUGGAUGGGUGGGUACUCCAGGUGAUAUGGUGAACGUUCGAAUGCAGAAUGACAUGAAGUUAGCAGCAGAUAAACGACGUAAUUACAAGCAUGCGAUAGAUGGCGUGAUUCGAGUGUGUCGUGAAGAAGGUGUUACGAAGUUGUUUAACGGUGCUACGAUGGCUACUGGAAGGGCUGUACUGAUGACUAUUGGACAGUUAUCUUUCUAUGAUCAAAUCAAACAAACCGCUAUUGCAACCGGCUAUAUGCAGGACAAUCUUACAACGCAUUUCUUCUCGUCGUUUUGUGCUGCAUCAAUAGCAACUGUCCUGACACAGCCACUGGAUGUUAUGAAGACCCGCAUGAUGAAUGCUCCUCCCGGUCAAUUCAAGGGUAUUAUGGAUUGCUUCAUAUAUACAGCGAAAUUGGGACCAGCGGGCUUCUUUAAGGGCUUUUUACCCGCUUGGGUACGUCUGGCACCUCACACAGUAUUUACGUUCAUUUUCUUCGAACAGCUGCGCAUGAACUUUGGUUACUUCAAAACGGUUGAAUCGUUGAGCAAGCAGUAA